GGCCGGCCCCCGAGUAGCCAGAGCCAGAAAGCAGGUGUCUGUUGCCCGGCGCGAGACUUAACUGGAGUGACGGCCUCCGUGAGACCUUGGGACGCGAACGAUGGGUCUCAUCUCAGAGCUGAAGCUUGCUGUUCCUUGGGGCCACAUUGCGGCCAAAGCCUGGGGCUCCCAUCAAGCCGCCCCUGUUCUCUGCCUUCACGGCUGGCUGGACAAUGCCAACUCCUUUGACAGACUCAUCCCUCUUCUCCCGAAGGACUUUCAUUAUGUUGCCAUGGACUUCGGGGGUCAUGGGCUCUCAUCCCACUACAGCCAAGGUUUCCCAUAUUACCAUCAAAACUUUGUGAGUGAGGUCCGGAGAGUUGCAGCAGCCCUGAAAUGGAACCGGUUUUCCCUCCUGGGCCACAGUUUUGGUGGCACUGUGGGUGGAAUGUUUUCCUGUAUCUUCCCCGAGAUGGUGGACAAACUCAUCUUGCUGGAGGCCUUACCAGUUGUCCUGGACACGAAUGAGAUGGACAACUUGCUGACCUACAAGCGGAGGGCCAUAGAGCACGUGCUGCAGGUGGAGGCCUCCAGGAAGCCUGCGCAGGUGGUCAGCCCGGAAGAGAUGCUGCAGUGGUUCCUGAAAAACAACAGCCACGUGGACGAGGCGUGUGGGAAGCAUCUCCUGCAGAGAGGAACCACACAGGUGGCCACGGGUGUGUCGCUGAACAGAGAUCGGAGGAUCAUUUUGCCAGAGUACUGCUUGGAUAUCGUCAGCAGGGAGCUGCUUGUGCAGUAUAUCAAAAAUCUGCAGGCCCGCAUCCUGUUAGUCAACCAGAGGCCAUCUGCUGCCUCCGGGCUCCACAGCCCAUUGAACAUCCUUUCUGGGGGGGCUCAGGUGCCACCCCCGCUCCACUGCAUUCAUCCUGGACCUGGGACCUGGCAGGAACCGUGCCUUCCAGGGACACGUCUGCUGAGCACAGGGGUUCAGAAGGCAGGGACUCACGGGGGCAAAUCCCAACCCCAGGGAGGGACGCUGCACACCCUCUGGGACAUCUAGACUUCACAAGUGAGAUGAUGAGCGCUGCUGAGGGUAUGGAGGAGCUAAACUAGAACCCUGCCAGGCUGCUGUGCAUUGUAAAACGGCGCAGCCAUUUUGGCAAGGUCUGGCAGUUCUUCAAGCCCUCGAAUCACCAUGUGACCCAGCAGUUCCACUCCUCAGUGUGAUCCCAGCGUCUGUCCACACCACAGCGAGUGCUGGUGGCUCACAGCGGUGUCCUUCAUGACAGAAUGAACCAAGUGUCGGAGGCAACUCCGAUGCCCUUCAGCUCACUGACAAGCAAAUAGGCUCCAUCCACACGAUGGACUGUUUUCAGCAAUAAGAUGGAGUGACGCAGUGACACUGCAACAGGGAGGAACCUUGAAAACAUUAGACUCAUUGAAAGAAGCCGGUCAGGAAAGUCCACAUACUGUGUGAUCCCAUUCACUUGCAAGUCCACAUCCAGCAUGUGCUCAGUCGUGUCCAACUCUUUGCGACCCUGUGGACUGU